ACAUGAGAAAGAUCAGUAAAAAUAAUACGCGUUCUCAAUCCCUUAGAUAUCAUGAUAUAUUUCCUUCUUAAUUAACACCACAACGCACCAGAGAAAUUAUUCCAAAGCUCCUCACACAGAAACAAACAGCAAAAAUAUUGCACGUACCAGACUGAUAAUGGAGUCCGUCGUCUCUGAGCUUGAAGGCACGCUCCUGAAGGAUUCCGAUCCUUUCUCCUACUUCAUGCUUGUGGCCUUCGAGUCGUCCGGUUUGAUCCGUUUCGCGUUGUUACUACUUCUAUGGCCUGUGAUUCUGCUUCUGGAAUUGCUCCGUCUGGAGGAUGUUGGGCUGAAGCUGAUGAUCUUCGUGGCGACGGCGGGAGUUUCCCAGACGGAGAUAGAUUCAGUGGCGAGGGCUGUGUUGCCGAAGUUCUUGAUGGACGAUCUUGAUAUGGAAGCUUGGAAGGUGUUUAGUUCGUACGAGAAGAGGGUGGUGGUGACGAGAAUGCCGAGGGUUAUGGUGGAGAGGUUCGUGAAGGAGCAUCUUCGUGCUGAUGAAGUGAUCGGAAGUGAGCUGUGGAUUAGCCGAUUCGGGUUCGCCACCGGGUUGGUUCGAGGUGGUUCGCUUGAUACUUUGCGUGAAAGGGUUGCCAUGGUUUUCCAGGACGAGGCUCCAACUUUGGGUCUGGGAAGAAGAACUGGUUCUUGUGGCUCCAUCUUGCAGCUAUGCAAGGAACAAAUGCAACCGCCGGUAAUGGCAAACAAAGAGCACGAUCGCGAGUUUCUCCGCCCUCUUCCGGUGAUCUUUCACGACGGCCGUCUGGUGAAGCGACCGACCCCUUCCAUCGCCCUACUGAUCCUCCUGUGGAUGCCUUUGGGCAUUCUGCUGGCAACAAUACGCAUCAUGGUUGGCCUAAUAUUGCCUUUCUGGGCAGUUCCCUAUAUCUCAGGCCUCUUCGGCGGCAAGGUCAUCGUCAAAGGAAAGCCGCCACCACCUGUUGCUCCCGGCCAAUCCGGCGUUCUCUUCGUGUGCACUCAUCGCACCCUCAUGGACCCCGUCGUCCUCUCUUCUGUCCUCCAACGCAAGAUUCCGGCAGUCACGUACUCCAUUUCCCGGCUAUCAGAGAUCCUCUCGCCUAUCCCCACCCUUAGGCUCACAAGGACACGACACGUGGAUGCCGAAAUGAUCAAGCGCGAACUAUCCAAAGGUGAUUUAGUGGUGUGCCCCGAAGGAACGACUUGUCGCGAACCGUUUCUGCUGAGGUUUAGUGCGCUGUUCGCUGAACUAACCGACAGGAUAGUUCCGGUGGCGAUGAACUACAGGGUAGGGUUCUUCCAUGCGACAACGGCGAGGGGUUGGAAAGGAAUGGACCCGAUAUUCUUCUUCAUGAAUCCGAGACCGAUGUACGAGGUGACGUUCUUGAACCAGUUGCCGAUGGAGGCGACAUGUUCGGCGGGGAGGAACCCACAUGACGUGGCGAACUAUGUGCAGAGGAUAUUGGCGGCGACGUUAGGGUUUGAGUGCACCAACUUUACGAGGAAGGACAAGUACAGGGUUUUGGCCGGAAACGAUGGAACUGUGUCUCGUACGACGUCGUUGGCUGAUAAAAUGAUGAAGUUGGCAAAGACCUUCAAGCCUUUCUUGCACUAGGAUAUUGCAAGACCAGAAAAUAGUACAAGUUUGUUUGUAGAAUAAACUGUACCUAACCUGCCGUGGAUGUGUGUCAUAUAGUUAAAUCCUUCAAUCAUUUAUUUAUUUUUGGUUGGAUUAAUGUUUUAAUCAUUUAUUUAAUUUUCAAGUUUUGAAUAUUUGAUCAUUUAUAUAUCUUUGUCAUCUUCAAGUUUA